AUUAUUCAUGUUUGCAUGUGUGCACGUUGCAUUCUUUCUCGUAUCUAGUUUGAGAAAUGAAAUAGUGAAUGAACUUUAGUGUUUGUAUGAUAACUCGUAUUGGAAGAUAUAAGGAAACGAGGAUAAAAAUCUAAUGGUUAUUUGAUCCAUAUGAAAGUGGCUUCAUGUCUUCUGAUAUAAGAAAAAUGCAGAAGGUUGGGAAAUUGAAUUCGUCGAUUGAUAUUAUUCCGCUACAAGGAUCUAGCGGAGAUUAUAAAUCGAAGACCAUGAAUAAUAAACACAAAAUUGAUAACUCUCACAGAUUUCUACGGGAUCAGUUAUUAAUUUCACGCGUGCAAACGUACAUGCAUGAAAAUGAAAGUAAAGUCUACAUCGAUGUGAAUGAAAUGGCAGAUGCUUUACAAAAAAAGUAUCGUGAUUAUCGAUUAAAGAAGCGGGGUCCCUUUAGGGCUUUAGUACGCACAGCGUAUGAUGAACUUACAGAAAUGUUUGCAAACAAAUAUUGUGCUCGAGAUUGGUCUGCUUGCGACGAUGAAGAUGAUGAAGAUGAAGUCGAUGUUGAAUCAGAUACUCGAAAUACUAUGAGUGGUAUACUGUUAAAAAUGUAUAAAAUGUCACAGAACAAGCAGAAUGGAAAUUCUAGUGACAAAGAGCUGAUAGAUAUUAGUAGUGAUGAUGAUGCAAGCAAAGUGGAAUCAAAUUCUUGUAAUAAAACAAAUGAAUCCGAGGCUACAGAAAAGGGUCUACAGGAAAUGGCUGGUCCAUCUUCAUGUGUAGAAAAGCCAGAACCUGCUAAAGAAAUUGAAUCAUCAAAAACACCUGCAAAAGAAACGCGACAGAUUACAUCAACAGAACAUUUCACAAGAAAACGAAAACGGGAUAAUGAUACAGACAAUAGUCAAUACAUAUAUACAAAGAAAAUUAAAGGAGUAUCUGUAUCACCUUUCUCUGAACCAAAAGUCACAUUUUCAAAUAUAGGAGGAUGUGAUAAAGUAUUAAAAACUGUAUGUAAAUUACUUGCACACAUAAAGCAUCCAGAAAUUUUUAAACAGCUUGGGAUAUCACCGCCAAGAGGAUUUUUACUUCAUGGCCCACCUGGAUGUGGAAAGACAUUAUUAGGUCAUGCUAUUGCAGGAGAAUUAGGUAUACCUUUGAAAAAAGUAGCUGCACCUGAACUAGUGGCUGGAGUAUCAGGUGAAAGUGAAGCACGGAUAAGGGAAUUGUUUGAUCAGGCUCUUGCACUUUCACCUUGUGUAAUUUUUUUGGAUGAAAUCGAUGCUAUAGCACCACAUAGAGCUACCGCUCAGAGAGAAAUGGAAAGGAGAAUUGUUGCGCAAUUAUUAUCAUGUUUGGAUGAAUUGAGUUUAAAAGAGAAUGGUACUGGGGUAUUAGUACUUGGAGCAACAAAUCGGCCUGAUUCAUUAGAUCCAGCAUUGAGAAGAGCUGGUCGUUUUGAUCAUGAAGUAUGUCUUGGAAUACCAGACAGAGAUGCAAGAACGAACAUUUUAACUGUGCACACAGAAAAAGUCGCACUUGCUCCUAAUGUUAGUUUAUCUACAAUAGCUUCACUUACACCAGGUUUCGUUGGGGCUGAUUUAGUUGCAUUGAUUCGUGAAGCGGCUAUGGCAGCAGUAGAUAGGAUCCUUGAAGAUUUAAAUAGAUCAGAACCAGAUUCUAAAUCAGUGGAAACAAGAGAUGUUAGUAGUGACACCGAAAAAGAAACACAGAACUUUGAAAACUCUGGUAAUUUAGUCGAAGAAGUAACUGUUGAAUCGCCUACCUCAGAGCAAAAUAACGUUUCUAAGUUAGACAAACCGAGUAAUCCCGAAAGUCCACAAGCGACAGUAGAGAUGGAUGUACAAGAAAUCUCAAAGUCCCCAGAUUUAGCAGGGUUACUUACUUGGCUACGCAAUGAUCCACCAAUUCCCUCAGAACGAUUAACAAAUUUACGCAUCGAACACAGUGAUUUUGAAACAGCACUUCGCGUUAUUCAACCAUCAGCAAAAAGAGAAGGUUUCGCAACUGUACCUGAUGUUACAUGGGACGAUGUCGGUUCUCUACGCGAUAUUAGAGAGGAAUUACAAAUGGCAAUAUUAGCUCCUGUUCGGCAUUCCGAACAUUUUACAGCUUUAGGAUUAACAGCACCCACUGGAGUAUUAUUAUGUGGUCCACCUGGUUGUGGUAAAACAUUGAUAGCCAAAGCUAUUGCGAAUGAAGCUGGAAUCAACUUUAUUUCUGUUAAAGGACCAGAACUUUUGAAUAUGUAUGUUGGCGAAAGUGAAAAAGCAGUUCGACAAUGUUUUCUCCGAGCACGGAAUUCUGCACCUUGUGUUAUAUUUUUUGACGAAUUAGAUGCUUUAUGUCCAAGACGAUCUGAGGGUGAUAAUUCUGCUACUUCUCGUGUUGUUAACCAAAUGCUUACAGAAAUGGAUGGAGUAGAAGGCCGUCAAGGAGUAUUUUUAAUGGCUGCAAGCAAUAGACCUGAUAUUAUUGAUCCCGCAGUUCUGAGACCGGGAAGAUUGGAUAAAAUUUUAUAUGUUGACUUACCUACUGCAUCAGAUCGCGUCGAUAUUUUAAGAGCAUUAACAAAGAAUGCAACUAAACCAAAAUUAGCUGCAGAUGUAAACCUUGAACAAAUAGGAUACAAUAAUAAGUGCGAUGGUUACACUGGAGCAGAUUUAGCAGCUUUGAUCAGAGAAGCCGGAGUAGAAGCAUUAAGAGAAUUAUUGGAUAUACAUUAUACAGGUCAAUCAGAGAUUUCUAUGCGGCAUAUUUUGUCUGCAUUUGAUAAAAUAAGGCCAUCUGUACAAGAAAAAGAUAUCAAACAUUAUGAAAAACUGAAGAAAUUAUAUUCAAUUAAGAAGAAGUCGGAUGAUACUCUUAUGGAAACUCCGACAGAUGCAGUUAUAGUGGAUGUAGUUAUGGAGCCCAUGGAAACGUGAAAUAAAAGUACUAAAUGUUUACGUAAAAAUCUUCCAAUACAGAAUACUCUUUAAAAUUGAUGAAUUUGAUAUAAAAAAUGUACACUAUUUGCCUUGACUUUAUUUUUGUAGUUGAGGCACUUUAGCGUUCAUCUUUGAUGAGCAAAAACGUAGUUGUAACAUUAGAUUCUGGUUUACAGUUUAAAAGUAAAAGCUAAAAAUACUUCUUUUCAAAUAUUAAACAAUGCGCUGCAAAAACUGUCUGAAUAAUUUUUCAUAACUAUUAAUGUAAUUAUGAAAUUUUUAUAAAGUUAAAUAAAAUUUACGUUCGAUAUA